UGCUGUUCUGCAGAAUUAACAAAUCCUGCGUGUACCACCUGGCUACCACGAUACAUCUCAUUAUUUUAAUAUUGUUUUGAAUAUUCGUUGACUUCAACUGCCUGUAUUCAAUAGAAACGCUAUGCUUCCUAGCCUCAUGUCAUGAAUAUACAUAGACAAAUCGAGGCAAUUUGGAUAUUAAGUGUGUUUUCUCCCACCAAGUCUCUCAACUAGCAGUGAUUGCGUAUAAUCCAGUGUCACGUGAUGUGGGUCAAGAGUUCACACAAAGACUUCAUUUCAUUGGACACUGGCCCGAUGAUGUAAACUUGUGUUUGCAUUGCUGGGUGGAUUCAGACGUCGAUGGAGUUGGGUAAUGUUAUGUUGGACAUAGAGCAGGUCGUUUUGGGGGAAGAGGUGAUGACCAGUGCCACAGCGUCCACCAUCAAGCCACAGACUGUUCCUGCUAUCCAACCCUAUCAGCAUGACAGCCUACAGUGUUUUCAAUGCUUCAUUACGUUUUGUAAUGCCAAGGCCAAGGAGAGGCACAUGAGGAAGAGCCAUCGUGAGGAAUACAAGCAGUCGCUCCAACAGACCAAUACGCUGUUCACCUGUUAUGUGUGCGAUCGUACCUACUCCUCCUCUGAGGAGCUGACACAGCACCAGACCUCACACAGCCUGGAAGACAAGCCCUUCCGCUGCCCCCACUGCCAGGGAAGCUUCCGGACCUUCUCUGAGUUGACAGUCCACCGGCGACAGCUGUGCAAGGAGCGACAGUGUGUGUGCAAGGAAUGUGGCAUGGUAUUCCGGGGCCCAAACCAGUUACGCACCCACCGCCUCACCCAGCACCCCCAGCCACUGGAAGAGGAGGAGGAUGACACCAAGACUCACCGUUGUGGCAAGUGUGGCCGCGGGUUUGAGGCGGAGGUGGAUCUUGUGCUGCACCAGGAGAACUUUGCGGGGGAUCAGCAUUGCGAUGCAAAGGUCCCGGCCAAAAAACGUGGCCGACCUCCCAAGAAAGUGUCUGAGGCAGCAAACGGAGAGAAGAGUGGUGAAGCUGAGGAGGGGGGAGAGGAGUCUGUGGCAAAUAGAGGGAAAGGACCGGGGCGACCCCCUAAGGAGGAGCUCCAAAUUCCCUGUCCUGAAGCUGAGUGUGACCUCACCUUCUCCUCUGUUGCCCUUCUCCGGGCCCACAAGAAGGAGAAGCAUGGGCGGCCGCCUCAACCUCGCAAGGCUCACCCCUGCUCUGAGUGUGAAGAGAGCUAUGCCCGGCAGGAGCAGCUCAAAGCCCACAUGGCCAGGGCUCACAGCUCUGGCCGACACAACUGCCCCACCUGCGGCAAGAGCUUUAGUCGGGAGAGCAACCUAAAGGCACACCAGAAGACACACACUGAGGGAGAAGAGGCAACAGACAAAGAAAGGAGAUAAUCUCGGGAAUGGGAAUAUCCUCAUGAAAAAUGUAUGUAAUGGUUUAGGGUUUUGAAAAUAUAAUUUUGAUUAAAACAGGCCUUGAUGUGGGUGGGAUUUUUUAUGUUCAAGAUGGGGGUUUGGAAUAUGUGACAUACCAUACACAAAAGCACUUGGAUCAUUAGAUUGUUCCUGAUUGGUCCCACCGUGGUUAUUUUAAAGUGCUUUUAGAAAAACAACCUAAUGUACUAUGUAUAAAACCCUUUAUACAGAUGUGUACAUAAUUGUGAAUUACAACUGACCCCCAGAGUGGGAAUCUAUUUGUUUCCAUAUUGCCAACACCUUUAAAAAAAUUAUAAUUUUGUAUUGAUAUUACAGAUGUAGAGCUAGUCUAACGAUUUGCCUCAAAUGUGAGAAGUUUUUGUAACUUAUAGUAUUGAUUUUAGUAGGUAAUCAAUGGGUUGUAUGGUGUACCAUUCCGCUCAUAAUUUAGUUUGUUCCUGUCAAGGCAUCUUCUGAUCAUGUACAUUUGUAUUGGUCUGGAGAAUCCAUUGUUCCGUGAAGGAUGUCAUUGUUGUAUUCAGGUGAUCUUGUACUUUUUUUCAUCCACAAUGAAAUAGUAAUGCAUUAAACUAAGGAGUGAUUUAAA